UUUAUACAAGCACCAUCCAUAAACCCUGAAUCUGUGUUUACAGCAAGAAAACCCUCUUUCCCUUGUACCAGUCACUUACUCCACACAUUUUUGCCCUAAUUUCUCACCUCAGAUCACAACAAUGGGGAGCAGCCAAGCCGCCGUCUCCUUCCUCACCAACAUCGCACGCGCGGCAUUUGGGCUCGGAGUCGGCGCCACAGUUCUUAACUCAUCCCUCUAUACAGUCGACGGUGGUCAGCGCGCCGUGCUCUUCGAUCGAUUUCGUGGAGUGAUCGACGAGACCAUCGGCGAAGGAACCCAUUUCCUCGUCCCAUGGCUCCAGAAGCCCUUCAUCUUUGAUAUUCGUACCAGGCCUCACACCUUCUCCUCCGUUUCGGGCACCAAGGAUCUUCAGAUGGUCAAUCUUACCCUUAGGGUUUUAUCUCGCCCGGAGGUCACUCGUCUUCCCGAUAUCUUUAAAACUCUUGGUCUCGAGUACGACGAGAAGGUCCUUCCUUCUAUUGGUAACGAGGUUUUGAAGGCCGUUGUAGCUCAAUUCAACGCUGAUCAGCUUCUGACUGAGCGACCUCACGUAUCCGCCAUGGUCCGAGACAGCCUAAUCCGCAGAGCUAAAGAUUUCAACAUUGUUCUCGAUGAUGUGGCCAUUACUCAUUUGUCGUACGGAGCGGAGUUCUCCCGGGCCGUGGAGCAGAAGCAAGUGGCCCAGCAGGAGGCGGAGCGUUCCAAAUUCAUUGUGGCUAAGGCCGAGCAGGAGAGGAGAGCGGCGAUUAUCAGGGCCCAGGGAGAGAGCGAGUCUGCUAAGCUGAUAUCGGAUGCCACAGCCGCGGCUGGUAUGGGUCUCAUUGAGCUCAGGAGGAUUGAGGCCUCAAGGGAAGUGGCUGCAACGCUCGCCAAGUCGCCGAACGUCGCGUACUUGCCCGGAGGAAAGAACUUGCUUUUGGCUCUUAACCCUUCGCGUUAAAUUGGGUUUGGAUACAUGGGAUAGUUGCAAUAAUGGAUCGAGGAUGGAUUCGAACUUGAAAUUGGUUUAUUCCUAGACUUUUUUUUUACCAUUUACUCAGAUCAUCGUAUGUUAUCUGAAACUUCGAGUCAAAAGUGAAGGGAAACUUACGGAGUUGUUCAUGUUGUCUCCGAACCCAUCAUGACUUUCACUGCAAGUUAAAUUUUGAAGAUGGAAUUUUUUUUACUCUUGUCAAGUGCAUGUUCUCUACUAAAUCCCUAUAGUUCACUUGUAAUUUAAUUUUUUUAUCUAUUAAUGGCCCAUUACCAAUUUAUAUAACUAUGCUUUCAAUUAGUGAAAAAGAUUUGAUCUUUCGAUCUUAAUAUU